AUGAUCGCCGUUGAAAAUCAGUCGAGUUUGCGUGCCGGCUCCAGCCUGGGGCAGCAAGUCGAGGAGGCAGCGAGCGACGGAAGCGUGGGCAGCGGCAACGAGGCUGGUGGAGCCGGCGCAACCACCACCAGCUACUCGGUGCCAGGUGUAAUGAAUAAGGAGGGGCAGGAGGGAGAGGCGAAGAACGAGAACUCGGGAAAGGAAUCAACUGGUUCGGCGGUGACUACGGUAACUACACCUAGCGGCGUAGGAGCUGCGGUGUCCUCGGCGGUCGCUGAAGCCUCUACGAUGCCUGGUGGAGGCGCUCGAGGCAGCGACGAGGAGGAGGAGCAGGAGGAGCAGGAGGAGGGGGCGGAGGAGGACGAGGAGGAGGACGAGGACGAGGAGGAGGAGGAGGACGUUGAAGUGGAGGGUGGAACGGCGCAGGAGGCGGUCGGUGGCGGUGUUGUGGCGAGCGAUGGUGGAGGGGGUGGAGGCGGCAUGGCCGGCUUUUGGAGGCAGAGCAGACCCUCCAGUCCCCGCAUGCCGCCUCCGGAGCAGCCGGAGUUAACCAGGCCUAAGAGCCGACACGAGCCGGCUCCCGCGAGAUACAACAACCUCGGUUAUUGGAGAGCCAGAAGGGUCACGUUCUAUAAAAAUGGCGACCCAUAUUUUCCUGGCAUCGAGUUCAGGUUCAAACCGGGAAGGGACAUCGGCUCCUUGGAGGCGUUGUUGGAUAGGCUGUCCUUGCGGAUGGAUCUCCCCAGAGGGGCGCGACACAUCUUCUCGAUGGACGGCGACAGGAAGCUCACCCUGGACGAGCUCGAAGACGGCGCCUCGUACGUCGUAUCCAGCUACAAAACGUUCAAGCCGGCCAGCUACGGAAAGAAGAGCAACACCUGGUACACGAGCCCGACAGGCGGGGGGGGUAGCAGAGGUGGCGGGGCGGGCGGAUGGCAAAGCAGGCCGGCGGCCGUGGCGAGCCUCGGAAGGAAAGCUUCCAUCAGCGACGAGGCACCACCUCCUGGCGGUGGAAAACCUUCCUCGGGACGCGUCAUACGAAUCGUUAACAACCACGACCAUACCGUGCAGUGUCGAGUCUUGUUGAACCUUCGCACGUCGCAACCGUUCGAGGAGGUGUUGGAAGACCUUGGACAAGUAUUGAAGAUGAAUGGGGCCAAGAGGAUGUUCACAGUUUCGGGUCAAGAGGUAAGAAGUUUCUCCCAGUUAAGGAACGAAUUCGCUGAUGUGGAUACAUUUUAUCUGGGUACCGGGUCGGGGAUGAGCAUGGUCGGCGGUGUGUCUGCGUCCCCGGCGAGGAGGUCGAGAUCGCGCGGACCAUCUACAGUUGUCGAGGACAUCGGUCGCCAAAGACGCGCCCGUAGCAAAAGCAGGCCACGCGCUUUGUACGCCCCUGAUUCAGACGUCGUCCGAGUAAACGAUUACAGCGUGGUCGAAGUGUUGAGGGACGAGCCAGCAAGAGUGACCAUCCGAGGAUUGAGAAGAUCGUUCUAUCCACCUUCCCAUCUGCCGCCCGUAGACAAUUCUCCUCCCGAAAAGAAGUUGCAGCUCGAGUGGGUUUACGGUUAUCGGGGCACCGAUACCCGGCGAAACCUCUGGGUACUCCCUAGCGGCGAACUAUUGUACUACGUCGCUGCCGUGGCUGUUCUCUUCGACAGAGAGGAAAAUGCACAACGGCACUACGUAGGCCACACGGAGGAUAUUACGUGCAUGGAGGUUCAUCCGAGCAGAGAACUCGUCGCGUCCGGGCAAAAAGCCGGCAGGCACAGAAAAGCGCAACCACACGUCCGCAUAUGGUCGACAGAGACAUUGCUCACUCUGUACGUAUUCGGAAUGACCGAGUUCCAGAUGGGCGUCUCCGCAUUGGCGUUCUCGCAGCUGAACGGCGGUAGUUACGUGUUGGCGGUCGACGCUGGUAGGGAGGCGAUACUCUCUGUCUGGCAGUGGCAAUGGGGCCAUUUGUUGGGUAAAGUGGCGACGAUGCAGGAGGAUCUAACGGGGGCGGCUUUCCAUCCCCUCGACGACAACCUUCUGAUCACUCACGGCCGGGGCCACUUGACGUUUUGGAACAGGCGCAAGGACGGUUUCUUCGAGAGGACGGACAUCAUCAAACCUCCGUCCCGCACGCACGUGACCAGCAUCCAAUUUGAACAGGACGGGGAUGUCGUAACAGCGGACAGCGACGGUUUCAUCACCGUCUACUCGGUGGACGCGGAUGGCGCUUACUUCGUCCGAAUGGAAUUCGAGGCGCACAACAAAGGUAUCAGCUCCCUGGUCAUGUUGUCGGAGGGUACGUUGCUCUCCGGCGGUGAGAAGGACCGUAAGAUAGCAGCCUGGGAUUCCCUGCAGAAUUACAAGCGUAUCACGGAUACGAAAUUGCCGGAGGCGGUUGGGGGUGUGCGCAGCAUCUAUCCCCAGAGGCCUGGGAGGAACGAUGGGAAUAUUUACGUGGGGACGACCAGGAACAACAUCUUGGAAGGAUCCCUUCAGAGAAGAUUCAAUCAAGUCGUGUUCGGGCAUGGGAGACAGUUAUGGGGCCUUGCUGUACACCCUGACGACGAGGUGUUCGCCACGGCAGGCCACGACAAGAACAUAGCCCUUUGGCGCAGGCACAAACUCCUCUGGACGACUCAGGUCGGUUUCGAGUGUAUUUGCAUAGCUUUCCAUCCUUUCGGUGUCGCUCUUGCUGCCGGCUCUUCGGAGGGUCAUCUUCUGGUGCUUGCCGCGGAUACAGGGGCGGCUGUGGCAACCCUCAGAGUGUGCGGCUCGCCGUUGUCGUGCAUUGGCUACAAUCCAACGGGUGAAAUCGUUGCGAUGGGCUCUCAGAACGGUAGCGUGUAUCUGUUCAGAGUGUCGAGGGACGGGUUCUCGUACAAGAAGAGCAACAAAAUUCGCGGGACGCAACCGUUGGUCCAGCUCGACUGGAGCUCCGACAGCAGAUUUCUUCAAACGGUUACCCAGGACUACGAUUUAGUAUUUUGGGACGUGAAAGCGUUGUCAUCCGAAAAGAGUCCGCUCGUGAUGAAGGACGUGAAAUGGUAUACUCACAAUUGCAUGGUUGGAUACAUGGUGUCCGGAAUGUGGAAUAAUCGUUAUUACCCGUUAACGACCGUUUUAACGACGUCGAGUCGAUCGGCGGCGCACGACAUGUUGGUCAGCGGCGACGCGGAAGGAUACCUGAGGCUUUUCAGGUAUCCGUGCACCAGUGCUAAGGCGGAGUACAUCGAGGAAAAGGUGUACAGCUCUCUGGUGGCUUGUGCCAGAUUUCUUUACAACGAUCAGAACGUGGUGACCGUCGGUGGGACCGACGCCGCUCUCAUGCUCUGGGAGCUGGUCGACGAAUAGAAGAAGAAGAAGAGAAGACCUCCUACCUCCUUGUCAUAGAUAUUCCCCCUUCUACCAUUUGCAGCGGUUUAGACUGUGCCGUUCGUUUGCGGAAGGAUUGGUGGCGAUCCUUCCUUUUUUACGAUGCGAAAAACAAAGAGAAGAAAAACAAAAGAUAAAUCGUGUAUCUUAUCUUACGUUAAUGUGCUGGAUUCAAUAACACGAGAUUCGACGAUUCCGCUCCCCUCGGGGAAAGAAAGGCGAACGUCUGUGCUAAUAGUUGCUGGAUACUUUUUAGCAAUUUUUAUCCGAACGAAUUUCUAUCCGAUCGAUUAUAUUCCCUUCGAUCGAUUAUACCGAAAUGUAAUAUCUUGUUGUAACGAUCAUGUCUUUUAUCAUCGUUCAAAAUCCAAUUGAAAGAUGCGUUGUCCGAUCGAUGGUCGCCCGUUGUUUGUUCGCGGUAUUUGUUCGUUGGCGGUUGAUGGUUUCCUGGAAAACGGAGGAAACAUUUUUUUAAAACGUGAACGUUACAGUUUUAUACAAAGGCGAUACGAAUAAUACUCUCUUUUCCAUAGUUGAAACUACAAUUUGUUAUUGUGACGGGAAUAAAAACACUGUUUAUCAUUUUUAACAGAGAGGAAAGGGAAGAUAGGAUCUAUUUUCUACGUGUAUAUGAAGCAUCCGUGGUUGUUGCAGUUGCACUUUCACUAUUUGAACAACCACCUCGUGAACAACCAUCUCGUAGCAUAAAAAUUUCCAAAGACAAAAAAAAAAAAAAGAACAUAAUCCUCUUCCGAAUGAAUAAUAAUUCGAUUUCUACUAGUUUUUCAGAAUUCCUCACGGGGAUUUCGUUUUACAUCCGAUCGUUGUCAUCGAGAUUAUGGAGAAACAAGGAUCCAUCCUCCCUUCCUUUCCAACUGUUUUGUCAUUGUCGUGCUACGACCUCUUGUAUACAUUUGAUAACAACGACGAACAAUAAUGUUAUCACGCUACAACGAUAAGUGCAGUACAUUAUUAAAAGCGUAAUGAAAAACAAUACGAGUAGUAGCGCGAGUGUUAUAUAUGUCUUAUAUCCAGAGUAGGAUCGUAAAAGAAAAAAAGAAACAAAAAGAGAAAAAAAAAAAAAGAAGAAGAAGAAAAAGAAAAAAAAAAAGAAACGAUAUGUGCACGUUCAGGAGCGUGCAGUUCCCCGGGGCGCUGGCGCCCCUUGGUAGAUUUUAAGCGACAAAAAAAUAGUUUUAAAACGAGAAAGAAUGGCGAGAUGAGACAAAUAUUAUAUAAAAAAGAAAGAAAGAAAGAAAAAAAAAACACACGCACCCUUUGUGAAUUUGAACGAACGGAUCAAAUUUAUUUUCUUCAUCGUUGUUUCGAAGAGAUUUUUUUUUUUUCUUCCAGAGAAAAAUGCUGUGUUGCGGGUCAACGCGCUUCUCCGUCAAUUCUCCCCUUUCUUUUCUCUUUCUUUCUUCCGUUCACAUUUCACAUUUCUAGAGAAAAUAAAUUGAUGAGAUAUAGGGGAAAAUAUAGAGUUUAAACGAUACGAUAUAUAUAUAUACACAUACAUACACAUACACACAUAUACAUAUAUAUAUAUAUAUAUAUAUACAUAUUAUAUAUAUGUAUAUGUAUACAUAUAGCGGUAGAUACAAACGAUAUGUACACGAGAAUAUUUCUCUCUCUCGUGUUGGCAAGCUAUGCUCGGGAUCGUCACUGCCAUGGCAUCGAGAUCGAAAUUUUUUUCACAGCCUGCAACGCUUCAAAAUAUAUACUGAUUUUUCUCUGCGUGUGAGCUCUAGCGAGCGAUCAAGCAACUAUUUCCGAGAGGUUACUGAUCUCCGUCUGAACCUCUUAAACGGCUCGAAUCUCUGUCAACCGAUUGAAAUUUACUUUUUUUAUUCCGUUAAUUCUACCAAUUCCAUUUGAUCCAGCGUUAGACUAGAUUCUUAAGAGAAUUAAAAAUGUAUAAUACUUUUGAAAAAAAUCUUGAAUUACCUGCGAGUUCAAAUGAAUUUGUGUCACGUGUUGUAUGAAAUUAUGGUAGAGAAAAAAAAAAGGGAAAAAAAAAGAAGAAAAGAAAAGAAAAAAAAAAGAAGAAAGAAGAAAAAUACGUUUCAAUCGCAGGCAGAACUGUAUUUUGCCCUUCGAUGCAUCCUGAAACAAAAACGAAAAAGGAUUCAAACGAUCCCUCGAAUCUUUAGCGUAAAAUCAUAAUAACAGUGUAGAAAAAGCUAUCUUAUUACAAUAAAUUCUGCACGAAUUAGAUAAAAAAA